GCAAUCUGAAUGAAAAUGAAGCCUCGUCUACAGGAGGACAUAUGUAUCUAAGUGACUUAAUACCAGUUCCCUAACCGUGGGAAAGCUGCGCGGGCCUCAAACACCUCUAAACCCUUGGCUUCAACCUCAACAUCACCCUAAUCCAAAAUGCCCUCCAAAGGAUGGUUCAACCUCGAAUCUGCGGGUGGCAUGAUCCCCGAGACUCAGUUUUUCGAGGGCGACUCUGCCUUCAAGUUCCUUGGCUUAACUCGUACACAAAGAUUAUACGGCUUUGUUGGCUGUCUCAUCAUAGGGUUCGCCCUUAGUUUACUAGGCAGCAUAUUGCUUUUCUUGGGUCAGCUCGGUAGUUUUGCAGUUUUGUACACCAUUGGUAUCAUGGUGUCCCUCGUGGGCACCGGUUUCGUCAUUGGAUUUGCCUCCCAAUUUAAGCUUAUGUUUAAACCGGUACGAAUUAUCGCCACAAUCGUAUUUCUCGGCUCAGUGGGCCUCGUCUUCGUCGGUGCCUUCGUACUUAGGAACGAGGUACUAUGCAUCAUUUUUGUCGUCAUCGAAUACCUUGCCUACACCUGGUAUAACCUAUCAUACAUUCCAUACGCCCGAUCAGCAGUGCUCAAACUCGUCGGAAUGAGUUAAUUAUAUGUAUGUUUACGAGACCAUCAUUAAUCAUGCCUCAUGGACUCCCACUGCUUUGCAAUGUUAUAUCAAUACACCUGUUGAGUUUGUUCCCUGCC